AUGGGUAUUCAAGGCCUUUCAUGGCUGGCUUUCGGUCUUUUCUCUGCUCUUGGAUCAGCUGUUAAUUUAAAGCCUCUCGACCUACCUCGAAAUGCAGGCCAAAAGGGAGCUCGAGACAAUGACUACUCAAUGUUGGAUCUCCUCAGUUCUGAGACCUUCUUAUGGGGUGGAUCUACUGGAAACAGCCGAUAUGCCCUUGGAAACUUCACCUCCUUCUACCCCGGAAAACACGAGAACAUCAUCUCCUUGGAGAAGUUCUACCCCAUGUUGAAGUCCACCCAAUGCAGUCCUCACAGCUUGACCAUGAAUUUCGAAGAUGACCAAGCCUAUCGUUACGGCGCCAAGGCGUGGAAAUGGGUCAACGAUGAGGAUGACAGAACAUUUGUGCUUGUCGCUGGUCAAGGCCACUGCGAGUGGAACGAGGACCGUCUACCAUUCGUCAUUACCAAUGUUGAAUUUGACGACUCUGCCAACACAAUCAAGGCGAUUGGCCACGCCAGUGACUGGAAGAAGGUUUCUCACUCAUACGAGCUCUUCGUUGGAGGCCGCCCGGCCUCAAACAAGCGCGACUAUGACGAUACCUACUCGUUCGAUGUGAACCAUGAUCUGCCCCUCAGCCACGUUCAGGUGGGUGAUGGCGAUCUCAAGCUGUCCUACGACUGCUGGGGCUGUGGUACCAAGGGAGAAUUUGAAUUUGGCUUCCACAUCUCCACCUGGUUGGGAAUUCCCAAGGACGUCGAGCUUGUUCUGUCGCCUCACGGCGUUGAGGCUGUAUUUGAACCUCGUGUCGGUAUUGUUGCAAACCUCCCGGGGAAGAUCAGCAAGACAUACCCUCUGGGAACAAUUCCUAUUGAUGGAAUCUCUAUUGCUGGUGGAAUUCUGGAUCUUGGCCCUGAGCUUGAGUUCGGGUGGGGUUACUCCAUUGGACCACUCAAGGGUAGUGCUGGAAUUACGACUGGAGGCACUCUUAGUCUUUCCGACUCGGCAUCAAUGACGAUCGACCUGUUGAACCCUGAUGUUUCGCAAAGCGGCUGGGAGCCGCACUUCACUCCCAAAGAGUUCACUGUCGAUGCUGCCCUUAGUGGAUCUGUGGAAUUGGAUCUGUUUGCGAAGAUUCAGCUUGCAUUGGAGGUCCUUGAUCAUGGCUUCGAUGUUGGCGUCAAGCUCCAGCCAUUUGGCGGUGCAACUGUUUCGUUGGCAGCCAACUCUGCCGAUGCUUGUCCGGAUCAGAAGGGAAAGCAUGAAGCUGUCAAGCUUUUGCCUUCGGUUGGCGCUGCCCUGAUCGGAGAAGCCGCCAUUAAGGAUAAUACCGAAAGUCCUUUCCUAAGCGCAACGCUCGCUUCAUAUGUCUAUACACUUCCCACCUUCUGCACUGGCUUCAACGCUGGACCCAGUCUUCCCACUGGAUCUUUCUCCAGUGCUCCUUCGUACUCGGUGCCCAGCUACUCCAAGCCUUCUCCUCGUUACUUGACCUCUGCGCCCCCGUCAUCAUUCCCAUCGCCACUACCGACUAUUCCUCGUCCCUCAUCCUGGGAUCACCCUCAUUCUUCAAUUCCAGUCUCGGCAUCUAUCCCUCACCGUUCGUCGUCAACUCCUACGGCCCCAUCUUCCUCGAUUCCUGUCUCUCCUUCCUCUACUCCUCUUCCCCCAUCGUCAACUGCCCUUUCUCCGUCGUCUAUUCUUCAUUCCUCAUCAUCAACCCCCAUGCCACCACCAUCAUCUGUCACGGCUCCUCCCCCUCCCCCUUCCCCUCCGUCUUCGCUAGUUCCUGUUCCUUUGUCAAGCAGCGGCUCCAGCUCCAGCUCCAUUGUCCCAGUUGUGCGUCGACGACACAUUGUGAGACAGGCGCAGCAUGCCCACGUCUAG